GGGAGCGGGAGGCAUAACCUGCUUCAAGGAGGUUUUGUUUCUUGCUGAAGACCGUUAUGGUUGGGCAAGUCAGAAAGGCAGGCAGGAUUUGAGGGAAAUUUUGACUGGAAAUUAGAGUCAACAAGUCUAUCCAAUCUCCUGUGGCUUUACCUGAGGCAAAUUUUUAGCUCCGCCAAGCUCUCUCCCGGAUGUUCCACACAAAGUCCACACUAUGAACAUUUGCAGAAGCAAGACCUGAGAUCUCUUGUAAAGGAAUUAUUUAAUGUGUCCCAGAACCAAAUGGUUCUUUCUUCAUUCACACAACUGCACCUGUUUAGAAACACCUACUAUGUGUGGAGGCACACCAGAGAGGAGAAGGCUGGCAGAGGGGAGUACGGUUUGGAAAGCUCUGUGCCUCCCCAAGGAGGCUGUUCAGAUCAACCACCAAAAUGUUGUCUUUGGCUUGUCCCCAGGGGAUCCUGUGAGUUGGUGAGGGGGAUGGCAGUGGCUGUUGAGUACACUGGAGGGCAAAGAGCUCCACGUGUUGGCUUCCGUUCUGUUGGCUGACAGCAUGUACAGUGCCGGUGGCUUCUGUUCAAGGUCCUGCCUCCCUUUCUCUUCUCUUUCACUACCUUGUAUCCAUGGUAUCUGUAACCUGUGAAUCCCGGGUCAGGAGCUCAGUGGGGCUGCAGGAUUGCCCCAGAAGAGAAGCGCUGGAAAGCAAAAUGAUACAAAGAAUCCGGUUCCUUUAGAACACCCGGCUUCCCUGCUACCUCUCUCUGGCUUGUUCCCCUAAGAAUCAGGCCAGAUCGCUGAUGGUGGCCUUUUGUCUUUCUUCCUUUUCCUUUUCUUUUUUCUUUUUUUUCUUUUUGGUUCUGACUUCCUUAAAAGUAAGCAUGAAUUUAAUGUCCCAAGAGGCAAGCUAGUAACCCUUCAGGCCAAGUGCCUGGAUGUGGCAAAGCUACAAUAAAUAUUGAAUGGUGAGUACAGUGGAAAUUUAACAAAGCCAUGACAGAAGGGACCACAGAGGGGCCACGGACGGGCCAGGAGGCUGCCGGAUGAACUGGGCAGUAUUUCUACUUCAACCUGAUUGAAAUGUAGACUAAAAAUCAAUGCUGUUGACUACUGAUAAUAUACAAUGUUUCUGGCGCUAAGUAGUUCUCCGCUUAAGAACUCCUUGGCUGCUCAGACAUUAGUGCAGAGUCCUGUGUCAGGACGAGUCAGGCGCGUUAUAGGUCAGUCCUUUAUUUGUCUCAUCAUGGCUUUUAUACAGUUGUCAUGUAAUUUAUGGUUGCUUUCAGGUUGUCAAACAUUUUCAUUGUGUCUCUUCCUUAACACACUCCUGACAGAGACACAGACUGAAGGCUUGGCAUUGUUUCCUAAUCCGAGAGGAGGCCUGUAAACCAUCAAAUCACACUAUCUCUGGGCUAAUCGAGAUGCGCUGCAGAUUAAAAUCAGGGCUCAUUUGUUGCUGAUGCAAAUUAUUAAAUUCUAAUUACAAAUAUCCAUUUAAUUGCCCCAUACAUUUUUUUUGGAUGCUUUUGAGGACUGCUGUCUUGGGGGGAAGGGAGGGUAGGAAAGGCAUAGGGAGACAAAACUGUGGUAAUUAACGUGUAUUCCCAAAUGGUAAAGGGUGACAUCUGAUAUGUUGUCUGAUCGAUUCUUUGAUUAGAUGCACAGAGAAUUUGGUAUGGGUACAACACAAAGUUGAAAUCCUUUUUAAAAACUGGACACUAUUUAAAGAUCUUUUGAUGAAGACAGAACAAAAUAGAGCCAACUAGUAGCUGUCUGCUGGAACACUUCACUUUCAAAUACGCGAUUCCGAAUUUGAUCCAAUCACCCCAUUUUAGAAUCCGAUCGUAUAUAGCAUUCGCAGAAGUCUCUGGUAAGAGCACCAUCCGGUGCCUAGGAUUUGAAAUAAUUGUUAUAGACAAAUAAGCAAUUUGGGAGGGUGGCAAGCCAUACACCUUGCUGUGUGACCUUUGUGUUAGAAAGUAAGUCUGCCAACUGCGUGAAGAGAUGCAGUUCCGAUAAACUGUGAUCAACAAACGAUAAAGUAUGACGGUAACCAUACAGAGCCUGCAGAGGUUCUACAGACGAAUAUUUACUUUCCCAUAAAAUUAAUGGCAAAAUUACCAAGACUUGCUAAGAGGUCAUGAAGAUCUGAGGUCUUUUGGGUAGAUUGUUCUUGACAAGAGCUAUUAACCUCUAAUAUUAAAACGACACUUGAGGCCGGAGAGAUGGUUCAGUGGUUAGGAGCCCUUGUGCUCUUGUAGAGGAUCCGGGUUCAAUUCCCAGCACCCAUGUUCCCCACCAUUCAUAACGCUGGUUACUAGGCAUCCAGCAAGCAUGCACGUGGUGCACAUACAUGCAUGUAGGCAAACUAUCCUACAUGUCAAAGUAACUCUAAAUAGAAAGCUAAGACAGAAAAAGCCAUUGGGGUGAUAGCCAGGGUAUCUGAGUUCUGACCCUGCUUAUACUCCACCUGGAGCCCUGGGCUCACAUCACACCUGUUAAAUGACGUGUCUGUGUCUGUGGGUGGGUGUGUGCACGUGACUGAGGGUGUCCUUUGAGGUCAGAGACUUCCCGUUUUCCCGGAGCUGGAGUUAAGGGCUGCUGUGAGGUACCAUGUGAGAUCUUAACUGCUGCACCAUCUUUCUCGCCCCUCUGUCACAUCUUGGCAUCCUGUUCUUUCUCAUCUGUGGAUCGGGUGUCUGGCAACGGGUGGCUCUCCUAAGCCCCACCAGCACAGACAGCCCACAGUUCUCUCCCUUUUCUCCCUGGAAUUUACAUGCUGAGUGUGUCUCACCAACAACGAGGGCGGAGCAUUUCCUCGAUUUACCUCAAAGGUGGGCGCUCUAGUGGGCAGCAGAAUGCUUUGCUGGUGUCUUUCAAAUCUCUGAGAGGAGAACCGGAACACAGAAUGGUGGAAUGGUGACAAGCUACAGAACUUUACACCUUACACAAGCUCCAUCUUUUAAUUGUUGCAAGCUGUUUUUGAUAAACUCCAAAGAGUAUAAUGUGUAUUUUCUUCAAUCUUGCUUCUUUUUUUUUUCUUGGCAACUCUGACUGUAUCAAAAUAGAAAUACACUUUUAAAAAAAAGUCACUUGCAUUCAAACAAGCAGGUAUUUUAAAUUCAAUUAACUGGCUGAAUUCAGUGAUAUUUUGCUCCUUCCUUCCCCUAAAAGCUGGCUUCUCUGUAUGGACACAGCCUGCAUAUGCUGAGCUCUUGGAGUUUCACGUUUUUGCUUGUUAAAGGCAUCCGAUGCAGCGUGUUGAGAAGAACUCUCCCUCUGUUAUUGUUGGAAGACAGCAUAAGUUGAGGGGAACUGUUCUUUUUUUAAUCUGUCACGUAGGUAAAAGCAUACGGCCUGUCCUAGGACAAGGGAACAUUGCAGGCCAUCUUUCUAAAUACUGUGUUUACAGCUGACUUUCAGCAUGGACGGAUCUACCUUCUACCUUUUCUAGAGAGCGCCUUUCAUAUGCCAUUAAGUCAGAUGUAGCACAGCGCUUUCAGAAGCAUGCCAAAAAGGAGCAUUUGCAAUUACCCUUUGGGUAAUGAUUGUCUAGAACUUACUCUGGGCUCAGAAUAAGGGGGAAUGAGCCCAAUGUGACAUGUGUGUCCCUUGUAGGAUGGAGACACACUUGAGAUCUGUAACUUAAAUAAAAAGUAAUUUAUUUAAAUGACCACCUCUCUAAUUGAUGAUAAAUUGUUUGAGAUUUUUAAAUGCUCUUUAAAUCCCUGACAAAAAUAAAAAAAUUAAAACUAAAGCCCUCUGAACAAAGGAGAAAAGCUAAGUUUAGACUCAAUCCAGGAAGAUAAAAGACCAGGUACAUGCAUGUUAGCAUCAUGGGGAAGGACAGCAGCGAUGAGGAAAGCUGAGGAAAAACUAGAGCCCUUUCUUCCUCCUGCCCUUACUUCGAAGAUGUCUCAGCCAAGCCUUCUCAGCAUAGGUGGGAAGCUGUUGCUACUGCAGGCCCAGCUCCCUGAUAGGGUCGGCUCUGUCACAAUGUGACGUGUGGAUUAGGUUUGCCAUGGUAUAUUUUGGUUUUGAGCUGGGCUGUGAGAUGGGAGAUACUUCAGUUUUCACACUAGUUCCUGUGGUCCUGAGUUUCCAAAGUAAUAAAGCCCCUUUGAUAACAGUGUUGAUGAGGACGCUGACUGAUCCUGCAGUUGAUCUCUGAAAUCUGAGCUAUGAUGCUCUGUCCAUCCCUUAAAACCAUAGCUUUGCUUAAGGCUCCCACUCACUUAAGUAAAUCAUUUAGGGUUGUUGUUUAAACCUUGGUAAACUCAGGAACUUUUGGGUUUGGCUGAAAGAGUUUCUAGUGGCUGGUCCUGAGAUCUCCCCCCCCCCCUCUCUCUCUCUCUGUGUGUGUGUGUGUGUGUAUGAGUGUAUGAUUCAUCUUCUUGGGCUUCUGUUAGUGUAUUUCUAAAUUUAACUCUAAGUUUCAUCUGGCAAAGAAUGAUGUUUUUCUUAUUGAAUCUAGUGUGGUACACCUAUGAAGGACUUACUGUGUGUUUUAGAAAGAAAAACUCUUCAAACAAAUCAAGUAUCAUUAAAAGAUCUGUGCACACACACACACACGCACACACACAGAUCUGUCUGUCGUCAGAUGAGAUCAGAUGGGCUCACGGUGGUAUGGCCAUAGUACAUGUAAUCAAUCGAUCUCAGUCUGUCAGCUGUGUAGGGAGGGCUUAGGAAUUUCUCAUGAUCUGUUAAGUCAGUCCUGAAGUUUUUAGAGUGUCAGCCAAGGAGACCCCACUUUACUCAGCCCCAGCCCGGGUUGGCCUUUUAUCUGUCAGCCUGCGGCUCGCAUGGCCCAGCUGAGAGCCCAGCUGUAAGUGUAAGGAUAUAAUACAACUCCAGGCAGAGGUCUGCCUGGCUGCCACUCAGUUACUGGGAAGUUUGUGACCUGCAUCUGCAUUUGUUAAAUGAACGUCAGUAAUCUGUACACAGUUAUUGUUACUUACUGUACAUCUCGAAAGAUAUUAAGGCCAAUGUGAUUUUCCCCACCAGGUCUACAGAGAAAACGGCCAGGCAAUUUUUGUUUCUGUCCGUGUCUCUCUGGAGCACUAGCUCCAAAGGCUGAUCAAUAGGUUUUAUUGUAGACCUCACUGUCUCUAAAAGCAUUGUGACCUUAUCCUGUCUAAAAAUAGUAUUUGCUCUUGCCUGCAGAACCUUGACCUGUGAAAACCCAUUUGGAGCAUAACUGACACAUCUAGUCAGCUGUAGAUCUAAGACAAGCUCUGUGAAUGAAUUCUGUGCAGAGCUGUCCAAGAGAACACUGUCUUGGGGAAAAAAAAUACCAGUUCUGAACACUGGGAGUGCGUCUGCUCGUCGAAUGCACUUGCAGGGCAGGGUUGGGAGUUAAGGAAGUAAGCACCCUGGAGGGUGUGGUACAUUCUGCCCUAAGUGGGCAGGAGUGGGGACUGGUAUGGAAGGUGGCUUUGAACAAGGUCACUCAUGCUCCCAGACACUGACUCUCUGAAUGCUUUCCUUGGAAGCUUCUGUCUGGCGUGUGGGUGGAUAGGGUCCUCCAAUGCAUACUCAGAUGGGAAAAGGUGGUUUUGAGUUUAGAGUUGUUCUGCCCUAUUGGGUAAGGAUUACUGUCACUUUAGUAUUAUUUCUAGGUAUAGUAAUGGUUUUGUGGCUGUGCUUAAAAGGGAAAAAAAAAGAGCCCUUAUCUUAAAAAAAUACAUAUUGAAGUAUUUACUGAUAAAAAGAUAUGAUGUAAGGGAUCAACUUAAUUAAUCCACCAGGCAGCGGGCAUUGGGGUUGUAGAUGAGACGAGCACAGGUGGAGGUGGAUGGUGGCCGCAUGGGCCCUGACUUAUGCUAUGCUCGCAAGUUCUAUAUGUUUGACGUUUUCUGGAAAACCUGACUACUAGGACCUGACCUGCUUCGGGCCCACAGGAGUCAGGGUCAGGAAGGGCAAGGGCCACUGUUAAGGAGAAGGGAUGGAAGAAAAUGGCUCCUGGGGUCUCUUCUAUCAUGGUGCUCCCAUGAUAGGGAGAAUCCCAGAAGAAAGGAGACUCCUUGCCUCCCGUGGUGUUUCUGUGGGAGUGUCAGAGCUGUGCCUCUUUCCUUAGAGUCCUGGGGACCGGAGCUAGGCAUCCUGAUGAAAGCAGGGCUUCAGAGUGGUGGCACUGUGGUAAAGACCACACUCCAUGGAGGGAGGGUGAGAGGACCCAAUCAAGUGCUGUGGAGCACCUAGUGGCAGGUAGGAUUGGGGUACAGCCCUGAGUCGGUGUGGGAGCAAGAAGAGCUCGAAUAGGCAUCCCUCCUCCACAGAGCAAGAGCCAGGACUCACUGUGUGACUUCAAAACAAGUCAGUGAUGGGGACAGGCUUUGACCACAGGAACCAAGGUGGUGGACCCACUCUUAGCAGCAUCUGCCUCUUGGAAGCUGAGGCCAAGUUUCCCAGGUCCUUCUCAGGCCCAGAUCCCUCUCAGGCCCAGGUCCCUGUGGCUUCACAAAAUGUCUACUCCUGCCUGCCUCAACGCAUGGGCUGUUAUUAGGAAGUGUCAUUCAGUUAUCCGAGAGUGGCGCUCUUAGCUGCCAUCCAAGUGCCUAACACUUGGGCUUACAGCAGAUUAAAUUAAAUUUUAGGCUGGUUUGGCCUCUCUGGCAUAGAGAAUAGGGAGCAGCUGCUGAGGAAAUGUAACAUGGUGUGAGUGUGUGUGUGUGUGUAAAUAUAACGACACCCUCAAGGGCCAGUGUGUGUGCACACCUGUGUAUGUGCGCACACGUGCUUGUGUGAAUGGAACAUGACACAUGUGGAAGUGUGCGUGUGUGUGAACACGUGUUUCCUGUCUGUGCUCGAGCAUCCAAGUGACUCUUGGGAGAUUGACCUGAUUAACCUUUUGCAUUACUGGGUCCCUAUUACACACGCUGCUAAGGGUAAUGGGGCUGGCGCUGAUCACUCGGCUACCCCUCCCUUUUCCCAGGUCCUGUUGUAUCCCUCCCUCAGAGAGAGGUUCAGACACAUCACUUCUCAAACUCAGUUUCGUCAUCGUGCUUGAGCGACAGGGAAUUUACGAAGCUGGAGUGACUCUUCUUGUUUUUACUGUCUCAGACUAUUUCCUGGUUUCUUUUUUUUUUUUUUUUCGUUUUAUUUUUUCAAAGAGGGGGUUCUAAUCUCGCAUGCUAAUGCCACUGAAACCAGUGGGAACCGAGUAGACAGAAGGAUUCUGGCUUGAACCGAGGAGGAGGAGGAGCAAGGUAGAUUCCUUAGGGUCAUCACGGGUGGGGUGGGGUGGGGGGAAACAUCUGCUUUUUUGUGGUGCAAAUAUUUUUGCCCCCCUUGGUGUUCUGUGCCUGAGAAUCCGGGACCUUUAUGCUUCAGGAUGCUGGGUUGGAGUGUAGUGGUGUACAUCAAAGCCACUUACUUAAAAUUCCUCACGAAACUCUGUGGGGAUAAUUUGUCCUUCUUAGACGUGGAGAGCAAAAGUGUGCAUUACUCCGUCACGGGGUGGGGUUCUUUAUUUUCAUUAUCUAGACUUUUUUAAAGAAUUCCGUGGCACUUGAUUUCAGUUCGUCCGAUUCCAGAAUUUAUACUCGCCGAUUAGCAAUGCAUUAUGCAAAUCACUAGCUUCCAUAUCCAAAUACUGUUUUGCAUCAUUCACACCUCAUGUCUUGGAAAAAAAAAGUGAAAUGUUUCCUCAAAAUAAACAAAACCUGCAGAAGAGUUUAUUGUAAGGGUGAAAAUGUAGCACGUGCCCAUUUGCCUGGGAACUUCUAAGGGAAACGUCAAUAGUCUUGCAUAAAAACCUUUGAAAGUUUUGGGGUGGGGGGGUCCCUGCCUAUAGGAUGUGUAGGGUGCAUUGCGUUAUUUAGAGUAUAUCACACUAUUGUUGGCUUUUGGAUCGUCCGGUUUUGGAAAAGAAGAUGCCCUAACACUACAUCACACACACGGUCAAGCACAGAUCGCCCCAGCUAUGCCUGAGACUUGCAAGGAGAAUUAUUAAGUACAGCCAUGCUUCACUGACGUGCCUUGUUUAAGAGAGAGGAGCGGAGAUGGAUGCCAAGAGAGUGUUAGCCAAGCAUGGCCAUUAAUGCCUAAGUCAUGGGUUGGCAAGUGGCAGUGCCAGCCAUAAAUGCUCUCCCUUUCUGUGGGACCCUAUAGCUCCUGCAGCAGUGAGGAGGAUGCAGCAAGGUGUGUCCCGGUGCCUGUGGAAGUGGCCAUGGCAGUUCCUCCCAACCUCAUGCAUCAGAGCACACGGUCCUGGGAGUCUGCACAGAGUUACAGUGGCUCCAACCUCGCUAUGCUGAGUGAUUAAUCCGCUAUUGCAAAGCAUGUCAGAUUUCAGUAGCAAUUUCCCUCACAGGAAAGAGAGAGGGGGGGGGAAAGCCAGUGAGGACCUCCGUUCCCCCUUCAGCAUGCACACGUUGUCUUUCUCCUGCUCUGCCUGAAACUCAUCUCUCCUUACACGUUAUAGACACAUUUUUGGCAUUGCGCAGAGUAAGUGUUCCAACAUGUUUUUAAUCUUUAACUUUCCCGUCGUUAAGAGUCUGAUGUUCCGACUUUCAUCUGACUAGAGAUGGUUCAGGGCCCGCACCUGACAGGUGCAAUGUUCUGUGCUUUAUGUUUUCCCAUAUAGAGGUUAAAGAAAUAAAAAAAAAAAAACCCACGAAAUGCCUUAAAGAUGUGAAUGCCUAUAGAUGGAGAAGGGAGAACACGUUCUUGCUCCACCACCAAGCUCCCCUUGGCACCAUUAGGAUUUAAAAGUGCAUUUGGCUAAAACAGAGCUUUUCUGCCUUGACGCCACCCACGAGAGACUCCCUGCACUCUGCAGGAGCUGGGUGAAAAUCCCACUUCCCAGAGCGUGGCUUGACGCGCACUGGCGUCAGGUCUCAAUCUAACUGAAGGCAUCAUAACCUUUGCACUCUGACAGGGGCACUUCAUGCAAUCUGCCCAGAUCAUCUUGAAUCAUAACUGCUGGGUCCUGGAAAUGGCCCUCCCAGCAUGCUUUGUGGCACCUUGUCCUGUAAUUUGAAUCUGGGCGGACUUUUUCUUUUUCUGCUCAGGAAGCAGAGGCAGGCAGAUCACUUGGCUCCUGAAGUCGGCCUGUUCUAUAUUAGGUUCCAGGCCAGCCAGGGGUUACAUAAUGAUAGCCCUGCCUAAACAACAAUAACAACAGCAACAACAAUAACAACAACAAAGGCUUGUUGGCUUGUUUUGGCUUUUGAGAAGACAGUGCCUUUUGUAGCUCUGGCUGGCUUGAGAUUUGUGGAAAUCCUUCUGCCUCAGGUCUGGAGUACUGGCUGGAAAUACUGGCAUUUGCUACUCCAUUUAUCUCUGAAUGACCUGUUAGGGGGAAUGCCACAGUGAGGAAGAGACAGCCAGAACUGUAACUGCUUCACGGCCCUUUGGAAGGCUAGUGUAGUAUAUCACUGGUGUGUGACGAGGUCUAGUGAUCUAGGGUUGCCUUGUCCCCCACGUUGUGCGAGGACCUGGCGUCCCUGUGGAAGAUGGCUCUCCCACUUCUGGCUCCUCCCCUCUGCGUGACCACUGUGGCCCAGGUCAGCUGCAGUCAUUUUGCAGGUACAAUCUUCAAUCUGCUUGGUACCCAGCCGUAGCAUCCCUGGGCUCUGUCUCAGAUACCCUGUGUGGGACUGUAGUCUGAGCUCAUGCUCUCCUUACCUUUGCUAUUUACGCAGAGUGGGGGCGCAGCCGACAGGAGUGGGACAAGAUGAGAUGAGCUCGGGCCCAGGCUUGUCGGAUGGAAUCUGGGUAGAGAAAAUUUGGGUCUCAUUCCUAGAUUAAGAUGGCUAAACCUCAGUAAUUAUUCUAAACUGUUGUUAAAAGUCCCGUCUCCCAUGAAAUUGACUUUAGGGCAAGGCUCUUUUGUUCCUGUAGUUGACAGGAGCAUCUGGGGGAUCUUAGAAGAAAGGAUAGAUAUUUGAGAACAGGUAUUUUCCAUCAUAGAAGAAAAAUUUUAUUGAACAUGAGGGCUGAAAUAUAACUCCAGUGAUAGAGGGCUUGCCUGCCUUGUGGGAAGCCCUGGGUUCCAGCUGCAGCAACACACACACAACACACACAGAGACGUACACACAUAUGGACACAGACACAAACAGACAGACAGACACACAGACAGACACACACAGACAGACACACACAACACACACAACACACACACCACACAACACACACACAACACACACACAUACACACACAUACACACACAUACACACACAGAUGUACACACAUAUAGACACACAGACACACACAGGCAAACAGACACACAGAUGUACACACACAUACACACACAGAGACAUACACACAUAUAGACACACACACAGACACAUACACAGAUCUAUACACACACACACACACACACACACACACACACUUUGAAACUGAGGAGAGUUUCAGGGAGAGGUGGGCAGUGAGAUUGCUUGCUAGGCAGUAGCUAGAGUCAGAGCAGGCUCUCCACAUUUUUACAGUGGUCUGGCUGCGCCAGCUUACACCGUUGUAUCCAGCAGGAGCCAGGGACACUGCUUUGCCUUAUGUGGCCGUGUGUGUGUGUGUGUGUGUGUGUGUGUGUGUGUGAUGGCUGCAGCCCUUUCCUGACCUUGAGCUUUGCUCUGCCAGUGUAGUUUGGAGCAUUCGUAGCUAACCCAGGAAAACACCAGUUUGUUCUGGGUAGUCCUCCACUGGUUCCUCCUCCUCUUCCCUGUGUGCUCUGUUGUGUUUCAGUCGGUUUUCCACCUGACGUUUUGGAUACUCAGGGGUUGGCAGUCCUGGUGUUGGCACAGCGUCUCUCCUGGACAGCUUGCCUCUCUUAUACAGGCUGUGGGACAUCUGGGGAAGACGGAGUUGGGGUGGUGACCUUCUCUGAAGCAGACCAGGAUUAGACUCAGCCAUCCUGACCUCUUCCUAAGCAUACAGUUCUAUUUUUAAAGCUGUCUCUCAAUAGCAGGAAAUCCUUCCUUUUGUCUACCUUCAAUCUCUUUCGCUUCAGUGUAGACCCAUUUCCUCUGCAUUCCAGAGAAGACAGAAUAUCUCUUCAUCGGCACGGGGCUAAGACCCCCGAGUAUUUCAGAGUUCCUCACUCCAUUCUCUGCCACUAUUAUCUUCCUGAAUAAUCUCUCUUCCCUGAGCUCAACUCCUAGAUUGGUUCUUGUUUUUCUUUCUCUGUAGAACCUGCCGUUUCCUCACAGCUCUUCUUCACACAGCGGUCCGAUGAUCACAGAGGACAUUGAUGAACCACCCGAGAGCCUCCCGUGUCCCUCCUGUGUCUCUCCCACGUGCUCCCACUCUCCACUCACUUUUUGAUAACUCAGUGUUCACUGGAGACCUUUGCCCAGCUUGAUGGCCACAGGAAUCCUGGUUUCUCAUUGGUCAUCCCAACUGGGCAGGAGACUCUCCCUUCUGGGAGCUCCGGGGGACUAGUCCAGAUAAACUUGGUUCUCCUGUCCUUCCUACCACAGCUUCUCAGGGUGGUGGAGAAUUAUGAUCCUGUCCCCAGAGCGCCUCUUCUCGACUGCUCUGCUGGUGACAACUUCACGGAGACGGAGAAAUAGAGUGUCCUUUCUUGUCUGUGCAGUAACUCAGCUCUGGGGAGACUUGUCCAUAACUUUCUGCUGACAUGUGGAGAACAAAGGUUUUGGAGAAGCAGAGCCCAGAUUCCCCGGGAGACAGCAAGGCCAAGUCUUUUUAUUUCCAACAAAACCCAUGUUAAGACAACAGGGGUUGGUCAUUGCGUUUAAUGGUAGAACAGAGCCCAAACGCACGGGAUAAGUGCAUCUUUCCUGUGUGUUGGGGUGAGGCGAGGUGACGGUGAGCGUGUAGGAUGAUAGAAGAAACAUUACAGACAUGGGAAAGCAUUUCAGAGUACACAGACGUGGCGUGAGUCAUCGCAGGCUGAUAGCCACGAGGCUGGCUUUUCGGUCCCCGCCUCCCUUGUUGGCACUCAGUUCAGUGAAGACAGAUUAGCUAAACUGGCGAGCAGGGCCACCUGCCCUCUGACUUCAGGGACCCCUGUUCCAGUGGAGGAGGGCAACUCCCGAUGGGACCCUCCUUAGGUUGAUCUACGUACUUCCCACCUUGCCCAGCCUAGCGAAGAUUCAGCAUAGGCUUUGUGGAGCGCAGAUCUUUUUAUCUUUAUUGUUGUUGUAAUUUCAUAUUUUUCCCCCACAUGAUUCCGGUUCACAUUUGGUGUUCAGUUUGUAGCUUACUCUGGUAGGUGGUUAGAGGCUGAGCUUUGAUUUGAAUAUCCUGACUCCCUGUCACUGCAAGACGUGAGACUGGGACAGUCAUCGUUGUCUUUUAUCCCUGGUCCCUUCAAAUGGAGGGACUGGGAGCAGGGAUGGCAUCUUGGAGCCUUCACUCUAUGGCUAAGUAGCUUGCACCGUCUGCCUCUAGUCACCUAGAGUCUAGAGCAGGUCUACUCCAGGGAGCAGAGGAAGCCCCUCAGUGGAGGUUGCAGGGCGUAGGAACUGGAGCUCAUCCUGUCCACAGUCCUGACGCUGCCUCUAAUGGUCGGGCCAUGGCCUGGGCUCCCAAAGGACUGAAUGCUGCCUGCCUCCAGGUAGCUCUGGCUGUUCUGGUAGUUGUUUCAAAACUUUGUCUCUGUCUCCAUCUCCCCUCCCCCUCUCUCUGCCUUCUCUGUUUAAGUAGGGAAACCCUCUUAUCAAUGGGAUUCACUUACUCUCUAUGUCAUAUUGUAUAGGGUCAGCCAGACCAACUAGAUUUAUUUGAUAUGUCUGCUACCUUUCUUAAUGAAAGCAAGACAAAAUAAAACAAAAACAAAAAACCCAACCAAGUUCAAUUUGGCUCCAGUAUUAGCCAGCUUGUUCUCCAAGACUUAGUACUGUCCGAGUAAUAGCAAUAGUAAUGGCAGCAACAGCAAGAGGGUAAGACAGUGGCUUCCAACUUAGGAGCCCAGGCAUGGACAGGCAGCCCACAUUCUUGGGUUGUAACUGGCCUGUCUGUCUCCAGCUGCACACUAGAGGCAGCCCAGUGAGAACGCUUUCUCUUCUAGAGGCAUAGUGGGUGGCUGAGGUAAUCAGUUGGGGGAAGUGGUCUGUGUGGCCUUCACUGGAGCCCAGGCAGCUACUGCACUCUUCUGGGGACACUAUCGACCCAGACAAAGAGGUGUGGGCCGGUAAGGUUUGUCAGCAGCUGCUCUGGGGUUUAGUUUUGCGUGAGCUCAGUCUACCACACCCAUGAGCUGAAGCUCCUUUCUCUGUGUCCUAUCCAGGAGGAUGCUGUGGGGUGGGGUGGGGGGCAUGCGGUUGAGUGGGUUAACUCAUUUUAGGUGCGUAUUCCAAUAAAGCCUGCUUGUUCUCCUGCCCCUGUCAAAGGCGACUCACAGAUGAGAAGCCGGAAGAGAGGAAAGCGUUUGCACUGGGCCAUGGAUAGUGCCAGGAUUUGAACCGACUUCGAGUAAACAAUUACGUUAUUGAAGCCAACUUAAAUUUGACAAACAACAUGUAGUUACCGGGGAUUAAGUUCUCUUAAUAUCUAGCAAGAAGUUAGAGGAGAUGCCGCCUCAUCCCGUCUUGUCAGUGAGCUCUCUUCUGUUUGUUGAGCACUUUCUGUAUGCCAAGUGUGAUGGUCGGUGCUGGAAGGGAGGUGAAGGGGCCAAGGCCAGCUCCCUUUAUGGAUGCCAACGUUCUCACUGGAGCGCUGGAUAUGUGGGGAGGCAGCGUUGGAGUGAAGAGGGCAAAUCCUUUCUGCCCGAGACCAAGACUUGGAGCCUGAAGGUUAACAUGUACAGGCUUAGGGAAGCCAGAUGGCUUGUGCCAGCCACCUAGUUACUUGGUUACCACCUAGAACUUGUCCACAAAUCCAAACACACCAAGUCUCAAGGCCAUGCUCUUCCCAGGGCAUCAGGUUGCCACUUCCUGCAAGUCCCAGGGUUAUAGGUGGAGGCACGGAUGAUCUCCGAGUCCACUAAGUAAGCAGGCUUCCUCUCUGACUGCUGUCUCGGGUGGUGAGCGCCUUCCUAGUUCCUCAGCUUUGGAGAGGCUGCAUACGCUCCCAUUUUAGAGUUCCGAGACACUGGGAAGAGCCGCUACGUGCGCAGCUCAGUCAGUCUGAGAGGUGCCAUUUGCUUCCCCUUUGAAGAGUCCCCUUCCCAGUUGUUGGGGCCGCUUGGUGACUGCUGUCUGCACAUCUGACUGCAGCCUAUCAUGUAUGUACCCACGCACCCCCCGAGGUCAUUGAUCUGCUGAUCGUGGACAAGAGAUCUGUUCUCGCCUGGGUUGCCAUGCACUCUUGCAGCCAUAGAGAAGAGGGCAGAGGCUGGAGGAGGAGCGUGCCCCUCUCCUCGAACUUUCCAUCACAAGCCUCACCUGCUGGAUUUCCAGCUUCGUACACACAGCUUCUCCAUGGCUUGGGAAGCAUAGGUUGAACGAAUGGCGAAUGUGCUCAUGGACCUGCAACAGGGGAAGCAUGGUGGUCACUAACAGAGUUGUGUUCUUUAAGUCUCCAGCUUUGAUCAGAUUGGCUCUGUCAGCCUAAAGCAUCUCCCGGAGGGGGGACGUGGGGGGCCGUCAGAAAUGAGAGGGAAGUAUUAACGGCAUGAAGUAUGUUAACAAGUGGCCACUAGCACUUUAUGUCUGUAGGAAUAGCCUCUUUAGGUGUUUUAUUGAUAAGGAAAUGGUCAAGUAACAUCACAUGGUAUUCUCUUCCAAACUGGCAAGUUCUUUCGAUUCAGUUUCUCCAUGUUACUGCCUACCAAGGAGCAUUUAUUUACCUGUCACAGUGCAUGCCAAGGGCUCUGCAGUCCUUCUGGCUAUAUCCUGGCCCCUGGGUAGGGGCUAUGUCCCUCUCUCCUUCAGCCCUUCCCAGAGAACCUGAAGGCACCAGUGGCAGCUGGAAUCCCAGGGGUGUAUCCUGGCCUUCUGUGUGGGACUUGGUACAAGCAUGGGCUCUCCGUGCCCGGUGUGCGGUGGCCUCAAGGGGCCAUGGGACACAGGAUGCCCACCAAGUGGUGCACUGAAGUCAACCUUUCCUCAGUUUCUAACCAACUCUUCUCCUUCUAAUGGCUCCUGGUAAACCUUAAACAGAUUCCCAUUUGAUCUUCGCUGCCACCCCCACCUCACAUUUUUUCUUUCCUCAAACCAGAUGAACACCUUCAUUUAUAUUAUAAUGCAAAAAUGCUCUUCCCUCUAGGCCCCAGGGCCUGUGGGGAAAAUGGAAUUUGGCUUUAAACCAAACUCUAGAUCCAAGCGCCCCGGGUUGGGCUGCCUGGCAGUUUUAUAGAUGCAACGUUGAGCAGCCUCCUGGCGGUUCGGGAUGGUGAAGGUUUCCUCAUUCAUUUUUCAACAAAUAUUUUGAACACCUGCCACAAAGAGGGAACUAUUCUUGGAGUUGGGCAUACAGCGGUGGUCAGAGCCUAAAAAAAAAUUCUUGCUGUAUGGAGGUAGACUCUUAGCCUAGCUGAGAAAGACGCACACCGUGUAAACCAUCACAUGCAUGCAGUGUUUGGUAUGACGGCACCUGGGAAAAUAAUAAGGUGAGGAAGAGCUAGAGAGAGGAUGUACGGUGGCCAGACUUGUGGUAGGGAAGACCCGUGUGAGGAAACCAGCCCUGUGGGUCUGAGGAACAAGCUUCCCGACCCAGUAAUGGCAGACAAACCCUCUGGGCAAGGUCAACCCAGUUGCAGGGCUUUCUGGAGAAGGGCGAAGGGGAAUCGGAGGUGAGUGGAAACUGAGGCCUGGGAGUGGGAAUAACUCCUCGAGGGCUGUCCUGUGACUCUGGCUUUGGCUGAAGAGAGGUGGAAAUCAUUGGAGGGAUAAGUGACAUCACAUGACUUGGAGGUCGCCUAGAGAGAGACAAGCAUGACCCAGGCAAGCUGAUGGUUGCCGGAGCCAACAGAAUGAGGAUGUGAGAAGGGGUUGGAAUCUCCACAGACUUUGAGGCUAGCUAGAACUGACAGACUUUGUUAACAGGUCGGGGUCGAGAGGAAGAAUACAAUGGAGCAGAGAUGCUUGGCUUGGUGAUUGGAUGGGGGUAGAAUUAGACCUCGGGGUUGGGGGUGGGCAAGGAAGAACCCCCCUCAGUGCAGGACGCACAGCCUCUCACAGAGAGCUAUGAGGGGCAGCAAGCCACCUUCAGACAGAGCUGCUGGAAGACCUUUUCAUCUGCUCCUUACAGCUCAGAUUCUUUGAGCACGUCCACCCUGGACUUCUUUAAGAAAGGCAGUCACCCCUGCGCCUUGCACCUCCAGAGCCUUCCUAGUGGUGUCUUCUCAUCGUGCUCAGGUCUGAUGGUCAACCUCUUGAUUCUUUCCCACAGACCCUACUUCCUUCCCGAUUCCCAAAAAGGCACAGCUGGCAGACAGACCGAUUUCCCUUCCAUGAGGGCCCUCUCAUGGAAAAGUCAAAUAAUUCUUGGCAUCCUCACAACACCCAAGCCCCCAAAACCGAGAUCUAGGAAAUUUAUGUAGGUUAGGUAAUUUGUGAGGACCAGAGACAAGCACAUCGCUCCUUGGUUCUGACCUCCGCUCAGCUCUCCUGACCAGAUGACCGUGAUCUGGCAAACUUGGUGAGAAACGGAGGAGUCCUUGCUUCUGUCCAGGCCACCUUCCUAUUGAGGAGGUCUUCAUGUCUGAGGGCUGACAGGACAGUGCUUUCCUUCUCUGUCUGAGAGACCCCGCUACACAGAAGCAUGUCCUGCCUCCAUUUCAGCCUUGGUCUUCAGUCUGUCCUCACCAUGGUGCUACACUGCCAAACACAGCAGGCUGAAUCAGAGGUGACCCAAAGGCGGGCCCACCGAAGAGUUCGGGCUGCAGGUCACAACUUUGUUGGCAGGACAGGCAGGGAGAUCUAAGGGCCUCAGCUGUCCCCAGGGUCCUACGUAGGAGGCAAGUGAAGUACUAUCCAGAAAAAGAAAAAGCCAGCCCAGUGACUCAGCGUGCUGUUCCCAAACCUUACAGCUUGUGUUUGUUGAGGAUGCCUGUCCCACAGCAGCGGCUGGCAACCUCCGUGUCUGUGGAUGUCCCAUCCUGAUUGGACACCUCUGGGCCUGCUCUUGCUCCUGAAGGGAUGCUGGCCCGGGGUGCAUGGAUGUGCUCUCAGAAAUCCUUUCACAGAGCUUCCUUCCCACCAGCUUCUGCCCGGAACCAAAUAUAAACUUCUGCACUGGAGGGGCCUGUCCUCUCCUCGGUCUGCACACGGAGCCCUAAUCCCCACGCCCGGGAUGAGUGCAGAAUAUGCCCCGCAGGGUAUUUGUAAAGAUGAGCCCAGCAGCUACACAUGUACAACUUGCAAACAGCCAUUCACCAGUGCAUGGUUUCUCUUGCAACACGCACAGAACACUCAUGGAUUAAGAAUCUACUUAGAAAGCGAACACGGAAGCCCCCUGACCCCGCGGGUUGGUAUCCCUUCAGGACUAGGUGCAGAAUGUCCUUCCCAGCCAUCUCUCCAUGGGAUUCCUAUUGCAGACAAUAACCCCUUUAACCUGCUAAGAAUACCAGGAUCAGUAUCCAGAGAGGCUUCCGGCCUGGCAGAAGGGCGCUUUCCACCCACUCCCCCCCUGUUUAGUCCACCACCGAGACAUCACUUGGACCCCCACCGCAUAGAGCGCCUGGGGGCGGAAGAGAUGGCCCUGGCCACCCAUCACCCGAGUGCCUUUGACAGGGUGCUGCGGUUGAAUCCAAUGGCUAUGGAGCCUCCGGCCAUGGAUUUCUCUAGGAGACUUAGAGAGCUGGCAGGGAACACGUCUAGUCCACCGCUGUCCCCAGGCCGGCCCAGCCCUAUGCAAAGGUUACUGCAACCAUUCCAGCCAGGUAGCAAGCCACCCUUCCUGGCGACGCCCCCCCUCCCUCCUCUGCAAUCCGCCCCUCCUCCCUCCCAGCCCCCGGUCAAGUCCAAGUCAUGCGAGUUCUGCGGCAAGACGUUCAAAUUUCAGAGCAACUUGGUGGUGCACCGGCGCAGCCAUACUGGUGAGAAGCCCUACAAGUGCAACCUGUGCGAUCACGCGUGCACGCAGGCCAGCAAGCUGAAGCGUCACAUGAAGACACACAUGCACAAGUCGUCCCCCAUGACAGUUAAGUCCGACGACGGCCUCUCCACAGCCAGCUCCCCGGAACCUGGCACCAGCGACCUGGUAGGCAGCGCCAGCAGUGCGCUCAAGUCAGUGGUGGCCAAGUUCAAGAGUGAGAACGACCCCAACUUGAUCCCGGAGAACGGGGAUGAGGAGGAAGAGGAGGACGACGAGGAAGAAGAGGAAGAGGAGGAAGAGGAGGAGGAGGAGCUGACGGAGAGCGAGAGGGUGGACUACGGCUUCGGGCUGAGCCUGGAGGCUGCGCGCCACCACGAGAACAGCUCUCGGGGCGCAGUGGUGGGCGUGGGCGACGAGGGCCGCGCCCUGCCCGAUGUCAUGCAGGGCAUGGUGCUCAGCUCCAUGCAGCACUUCAGCGAGGCCUUCCACCAGGUCCUGGGCGAGAAGCAUAAGCGCAGCCACCUGGCCGAGGCCGAGGGCCAUAGGGACACUUGCGACGAAGACUCGGUGGCCGGCGAGUCGGACCGCAUAGACGAUGGCACUGUUAAUGGUCGUGGCUGCUCCCCUGGCGAAUCGGCUUCGGGGGGUCUGUCCAAAAAGCUCCUGCUGGGUAGCCCCAGCUCGCUGAGCCCCUUCUCCAAGCGCAUCAAGCUGGAGAAGGAGUUUGACCUGCCCCCGGCUGCGAUGCCUAACACGGAGAACGUGUACUCGCAGUGGCUCGCUGGCUAUGCAGCCUCCAGGCAGCUCAAAGAUCCCUUCCUUACCUUCGGAGACUCCAGACAAUCGCCUUUUGCCUCCUCGUCAGAGCACUCCUCGGAGAACGGGAGCUUGCGCUUCUCCACGCCGCCCGGGGAGCUGGACGGAGGGAUCUCGGGGCGCAGCGGCACGGGAAGUGGAGGGAGCACGCCCCAUAUUAGUGGUCCGGGCCCGGGCAGGCCCAGCUCAAAAGAGGGCAGACGCAGCGACACUUGUGAGUACUGUGGGAAAGUCUUCAAGAACUGUAGCAAUCUCACUGUCCACAGGAGAAGCCACACGGGCGAAAGGCCUUAUAAAUGCGAGCUGUGCAACUAUGCCUGUGCCCAGAGUAGCAAGCUCACCAGGCACAUGAAAACGCAUGGCCAGGUGGGGAAGGACGUUUACAAAUGUGAAAUUUGUAAGAUGCCUUUUAGCGUGUACAGUACCCUGGAGAAACACAUGAAAAAAUGGCACAGUGACCGAGUGUUGAAUAAUGAUAUAAAAACUGAAUAGAGGUAUAUUAAUGCCCUCCCUCCCUCACUCCCACCUGAUGCCCACCUUUUAACCCCUUCCCCAUCGUCCUUCCAGCCCUACUCCCUGUAGAAUUUUUUCUAGUCCCAUGUGAUCAAACAAACAAACAAACAAACAACAGAAGUAAUGGAAACUAAGAAUAUGAAUGAGUGCUUGUCACCAGCACAUCUGGUUUUUGGUUUUUUUUUUUGGUUUUGUUUUUCCUUUUUUUUUUUUCUUUUUCUUCUUUCUUUUUUUAAUUUUAAAUUCUUUAUGUUCUCACCGUUUGAAUGCAUGUCUGGGGCAAUACUAUUGCAUUUUACGCAAACUUUGAGCCUUUCUCUUGUGCAAUAAUUUUCAUGUUGUGUAUGUUGUUUUUUUUUUUGUUUGUUUUUGUUUUUUUUUCUUCUUCCCCUUAACUUAGACAGCAUGUAUGGUAUGUUAUGGCCAUUUUAAAUUGUCCCUAAUUCAUUAUGAGCAAACAUGUUGCUGUUUCCAGUUCCGUUCUGAGAGUGUGAGAGAGGGAGGGGGGAAAAAAAACCCACAAACCAUGCUGCAUAAUUCUGUAAUAUCAUGUACAGCUUUAUUUUAUAACAAGAGGAGGGAAACAGUGUUGGGUCAAUUAACCCUCUGCAGACAGAACAGAUAGCACUGAGAACACGUGCUGAAUGUCUGUCUCUAAAGGGUUACACAUAUUAAUUGGAGAGGGAAAAAAAAGGCCUUGAAUUGACAAACUAACGGAAGAACAAGUUUAUUCUGUCAUUUGGCUUUUAAAACGAGUGCCUUGGAUCUAUUCAAACCAUGUUGAUGGCUUUUUCUGCUUGUUAUAAACUUGUAGCUUAAUCCAGCAUUGGGUGAGGUAAUAAACUUUAGGACCUAGCAUGUAAUUCUGUGUUGUAUUUCUCACAACAAUGGCUACCUUAAAAAAAAAAAAAGACCCAUUGUGUCCUAGCUAAUCAUCCAUUUUUGCCUUUAACUUUGUGAACAAAACCUGAUUAUACCAGUAUAAAAACUACUUUGCUCCUGGUGAGACCGUAAAAAAAAAUGGGCUGUUUGCCUAAAGUUUUAUUUUAUUUUUUUAAAAUGGUUAUCAAAUUUGAAUGUGAAACGUGCAAAGGCCCUGGAAUGUGAUGGGGUAACACUAGCAAGGAGUCUUAUGACAGUACUUGUCUAAAACGAUACAUUGAAUGAAAUUCCGGCGCCAAAAGAAAUAGAUCCAGCUGCAGUUGGUUGUCGAAUGGACAAUCGAAUUAUAAACUUAAGCCUUUAGGGGACAUUUGAAAGAACAGGCUGAUAUGGAGAGAGAGAGAGAGAGAGAGAGAGAGAGGAAAAACAAAACAAAACAAAACAGUAAGAGAUUGGUUAGCACAAUGUGAUACUGUUUGCCAUUUGAAACUAGAACAGGUGUAUGAUCGAGUAGUGAUACAAUGAUGAUUAACUAUGAAUCUAUAAGACUUACAUUUAAUGUGACAUUCUUCAAAAAAGAAGAGGAAGACCUUUAAGGACAGCAGUAUAUAUGUCCGUGCUCCCUGGAAGUUGUGCUUAAGUUCUUUUCCAUACACUGUGUGCUAUUUGUGUUAACAUGGAAGAGGGUUCGUUGUUUUUAUUUUAUUUGAUUCUUUCUUCCUUUCUCUCUUCCUUCCUUCCUUUCUUUUUCCUUCUUUGUUUUAAGCUAGCAUCUGCCCCAGUUGGUGUUGAAAUAGCACUUGACUCUGCCUGUGACGCCUGUAUCUUCUCUCUAAUCAGAGAUACAGAGGUUGAGUAUAAAAUAAACCUGCCCAGAUAGGACAAUUAAGUGCACUGUACAGUUUUCCCAGUUUACAGGUCUUUAUUAAGGGAAACGUUGCAAGGAUGCUGAAAAAAAAAAUGGAACACAAUCUCAUUGAUGAGCAUUAAAAAUAAUAAUAAUAAUAAAAAAACAAACAAACCUAAAAAAAAAAAACUAAGACAAACUUUGCCAGCCACUUACUUGACCAAUGAGCUUACUCACUUGGACGCAACAUUGCAAGCGCUGUGAAUGGAAACAACACACUUAACCUAGAAACGAAUGACUCUUUCGCUUCUACAGUUGCAAGGAUUUUUUUUUUGUACAAAACUUUUUUAAGUAUAAAUGUUAAGAAAAGAAUUUUUAAAAAAGACACUUCAUUAUGUUUAGGGGGAACAGCAUUUUAGGGUUCCAUUGUCUUGGUGGUGUUACAAGACCUGUUAUCCAUUUAAAAAUGGUAGUGGAAAUUCUAUGCCUUGGAUCACACACCGCUCUUCAGGUUGUAAAAAAAAAAAAAAAAAGAAACAUACAUGGGGGAAGGUUUAAGAUUAUAUAGUACUUAAAUAUAGGAAAAUGCACACUCAUGUUGAUUCCUAUGCUAAAACACAUUUAUGGUCUUUUUUCUGUAUUUCUAGAAUGGUAUUUGAAUUCAAUGUUCAUCUAGUGCUAGGUACUAUAGUAUUUAUAUGGAAGCUUGUAUUUUUAACUGUUGCUUGUUCACUCAAAAGGUAUCAAUGUACCUUUUUUGUUAGUAGAAAAAAAAAGACAGGCUGCCACAGUAUAUUUUUUUAAUUUGGCAGGAUAAUAUAGUGCAAAUUAUUUGUAUGCUUCAAAAAAAGAAAGAGAGAGAGAGAGAGAGAGAGAGAGAGAGAGAGAGAGAGGUGUGACAUUGUACAGAGAAGCCAUAUAAUGGCGGUUUUUGGGGAGCCUGCUAGAAUGUCACAUGGAUGGCUGUCGUAGGGGUUGUACAUAUCCCUUCCCCCCCUUUUUCCUGCUGCCAUGCUGUAUGCAGUACUGCAAGCUAAUAGCGUUGGUUUGUUAUGUAGUGUGCUUUUGCCCCUCCUCCCCAAUCACCCAGCAUUCCAGCAUCUUACCUUCAUAUGCAGUAAAAGGAAGAAAGAAAAAAAAAAAAGGAAAAAAAAAACAACAAUGUUUUGCAGUUUUUUUCAUUGCCAAAAACUAAAUGGUGCUUUAUAUUUAGAUUGGAAAGAAUUUCAUAUGCAAAGCAUAUUAAAGAGAAAGCCCGCUUUAGUCAGUACUUUUUUGUAAAUGGCAAUGCAGAAUAUUUUGUUAUUGGCCUUUUCUAUUCCUGUAAUCAAAGCUGUUUGUCGUAACUUGAAAUUUUAUCUUUUACUAUGGGAGUCACUAUUUAUUAUUGCUUAUGGGCCCUGUUCAAAACAGAGGCGCUUAAUUUGAUCUUUUAUUUUUCUCUGUUUUUAUUAUUUUUUUUUUAUUUGGAUGACCAAAGGUCAUUGCAACCUGGCUUUUUACUGUAUUUGUUUCUGGUCUUUGUUAAGUUCUAUUGGAAAAAACCACUGUCUGUGUUUUUUUUGGCAGUUGUCUGCAUUAACCUGUUCAUACACCCAUUUUGUCCCUUUAUUGAAAAAAAUAAAAAAAUUAAAGUACAA